AGAAAGUACUUGUAGUUGUAGGAACCCUUUCCUUCCCCAUGAUAAUAAAAUCUCUCUACUACGUGUUAUAGAUCUUACAACUAACAUUAUAUGAAAUGAAAGAUCUGUCCUUUUUUCUCAUCAAGAACUCUGUCGGAGCCAAGAUGAGAAAAGGGAUCAGAAAUUUUUGCAAUGGCGAUGGCUCCACAUCUACUCUCAAUCAACACAAACCUAAUCAUGUCGAUGAUGGAGGUGAUCGUGCUUGCUUUAUUAACUCUACUCCCUGUUUCAAUAGUAACGCAACCCCACCAACACUAGAGGAGAUGAUACUGCAGUUAGAGGUGGAAGAGGAAAUUGCAAGAACAGCUAAGCUUAAUCAUGAGAUGAGAAGUCGGAGAAUGUCUUGUGUUAACAAUUCUGAUAUCUUACGAUCUGCAAGAAACGCACUGAAUCAGUAUCCCCGCUUUUCUCUCGACGGGAAGGAUGCCAUGUAUCGAUCUUCAUUUCGGAAUUUAGAUCACCACCAGCAGGUUAUUGCUGGAAGAAAAUCCAUUUGCUGCGAGCGAGGAUUACUGAGAAAUGAAAAAAGCCUUUCUUCGCAUAACAAGUCAUGCUCUACUUUGGCCGGAGAAAGUGUGGUUUGGUGCAAGCCAGGAGUGAUAGCCAAGUUGAUGGGUCUUGAGGCGAUGCCAGUACCAGUUAAUAGAGAAAGAAAUAAUAAUAAGGAAACGUUAAAUUCAAUUUUAAAGAGGCAAAAUCUAAGGAGAAGGGUGGAAAGGCACGAGAUGGAGAGAAGACUUGCGAGUGGUCAUCAUCGUCAGGUGAUGAACAAUAGAGGAAGGGUGAUGGGUUCUUGUUCAAGAACCAGCAAUGGAUACUGUGUGAUGAAACCAAUUGCAGUAGAGAAACCAAAUGAAGAAGGUGGUUGGCCGACCAGGCGAUUUCGUUAGUCAUGCCAAACAUCAUCUGACUCGAUAAUAUAUAUGUUAUAUAAUGUCUAACAGUUGUAGUGUGUGAACAAUUUUCUUGCAAUCUAUUACCUUCACAUUGUAAUAAUAGUGUUUGUUCCUGUGAAAAUCAAGAUGAUGUAAACAGAGGUGGUGGAUCUUUUCAAGGGCAAAGGCUUUCUUUCUUUCCU